UACAAACAUGGCGAAGAACGAUUCAUUCAACAUUUUACGAUUUUCACCUUAUUGAAACAAGUCAUUUAUAAAAAGACACCGCUUCGCAGUUAGACUGCAAAUAUCUUUGAGCGUUGGACGAGUGAGUAUUUAGAAGUGAAGGAUGAGCGUCAUUCAUCGAAUGGUUUAUUACGAAGAGAAGAAAUUUACCCUGGGCUUUUUAAUACUUAAGAUACUUUUAUUGUUGAGGAUAACUGUUUACAACUUUGGAUACAAAAGUUAACCAUGCAUGCAAACACGAGUCUACUUAAUGUCAAUAUUCUCAUGUUUGCGGGGACGGCUUGGUUUGUUUUCCAUUAUAGCACGUUUGAGAACCAUGACAUUCUAGUGACUUCUGCGAAACACCCUACGUCUUUGGGAGUUUUAGUGGGGGACUAUGAUUUUGCCGAGGUGAUUUAUAAAUGUCACACUGAUUAAGUGACAAGCCGUGUUUAUUGGGGAUAUCACAUCAUGCAAGAUUGGAGGAGAGCGGAGGCGGGUACUAAGGAGGAGGGCCGCGAGAGACUAUUGGUUGCUGUUGACUUACACAAACAUAAGUCUGUUAUUCAACGAAAACGUACUGCCUUUGGAACUGUCAUGAAGCAUGUUAAAUAUCAAUUUAAAACAAUAAAAAUAACUUAAUUAUAUUACAUACAGUGAACAUUUAAACAUUCAUUUUAAUUCCAAAACAUUACUUAUUAUUUUAACAUGUAAUUUCCAUUACUUCUGUUUCUUGGUAAAUUGUGCAAAUAUGCUUAACACAAACAGUUUCUUUUCCACAGCUUACACGCCCGUUUGAAUAACAGAUCAGCUUCAUUAAAACGAGGAAAUCGAAAUUGACGUCGCGACCCUACCCAAGGAAAACUGUACCCGUUGAAGCUCUGCGAUUCUUGCAUAUGUGGCGUGUUCUGAGACUUUUGGUACUAAUUCGGCAAGCGUCAUAAUGAGAAAAACUCAUUUAAAAUGACGUCGCUAAACUUGCGCUUAAUUUUGUUUAGAUUGCCUAAUGUUUUCUGUGAUUUAACUGUUUAGCGUAUUUAAGUAAUAUAAAAAAUGGCACAGACUGGCCAUGGAAGGAAUUCAUCUACAUCUACAUCGUACGUCGCUGCCGUCAAGCUUGACAAUUAUACGACGGGUGGUGAGAAGAUAAGGUAAGAAUGAGAAAAAAGUCAAGAGAGAAGAGUUGAUAAUGACGCUUGCCGAAUUAGUACCAAAAGUCUCAGAACACGCCGCUAUUAUAAUUAAACAUUCAUGAUGCUUGUUUUAUAAGUGUCCGACUUCAGUUGUGAGAGAAACUGACAAUUUAUUAAAUGGAGUAAUCAAAUAUUAGCCAUUUUAAUUCCGUAUGCCAGCAUACUGGCUUUUAAUUUCAAUGUCUAAGAGAAUUUCUUAUGCAAUUACCUGCGUUGAUUGCAAUUGUGCGGUCUUUUGCAAGGUAUAGCUAUGCAAUAGGCCGACUCGCAACUUAAGUUAUCAAGUUAUCAAUCUAUCUAGUUAUCACCACAGCACUAUACUCAUAUUAACUUCCUGGCUACUUCGAAAACAAAGCUAAGUUAAAUGUAAGCAUACAUACCUACAGUAGAUUUCUUCAAUAUUUUCAGCCUCCUCAAGAUCUGUCCUAUAGACGUCGGCCAUCAAUCUGCAAAGUGUUGUUAAACCUACACUCUUCAGAGCCUCGAUGUCAACCUCUAACAGCUAGAUGCCGAAGCGUUUGCCUUGAGUGUGAAAUGCCUCUCACGUUGCGUUAUCAAAGACUAUUUGACAGGAGUUCGGGCGAAGAAGCGAAGAGAAUGUAUUCGAGUUGUAGGAUUAAUUUGCAAUGUGCAAGACAUUUCAUGAGCUCACAUACUAAUGUGAGCCCUGUGGAAGCUACAGAUUGUCUGGACAACACAGAUGCACACUUCGUAUUCAGAUCGUAUGUGUGGAAGCAUAGACUCCCGACGCUUGUUUGCGACGUUAAAGAAAUUAAAACUAUCUCUCUUCUACCAUUGAGUUCUGGAUGGACAAAUAUUUUUGAAAAAAAUAUGCAAACUUAUUUGAAAAUAGCUGUUCAAGGCGCACUGAUAAUAUCAAUGUUCAUAAUUCGUUAUAUCGUUUUGUUUAUGUUCGUUACAACAACCAGGUCACAAACAAGCGAAAAAUACACAUUAAAAGUAAGCACCAGCGUGGAUCCCCACACGUGCAUACUAUAUAUUUGUCUUUCAGUAUGUCGGAGUAUAAGUUCUUUAUUGGAUAUUAUAACAACCGUUUGCUGCUCUUUCAAUAGCUUCAAGUACAACCAGAAGUUGUUACCCAAAUACGAUACCGAAAUUGGUCGUGACAAUAAAAUAACUUCUAAAAUUGAUACAUACGGAUGUGACAUUUACAAACAAUUAUAUGGACACAGCUCUGACUGUUCAAUGAUUGAUGACAUUUAUGAAAAGUUACAUUUACGGAUAUGGUUGCGACUUGAUGCCUUUACUGAGUUUGAUCACCACCUUCAGCCACAAGCUUGGGUAGCUCCUGUGUUGAGUCCGGUUAAUCGAAUAAUCGACCGCCUUGCAAACCAUGAGCGAGUUAACCCAAGAGAGAGCAUGCGCCACGAAUCGUUACGCCUAUGCACAUUCCGAACGUAUCCUACUUCCGAAAAGCCAUCUUGUGUCAAACUUGCUAAAGCAGGCUUCUAUUACGCGAGUCAGGGAGACGAGGUCAUCUGUUAUUGCUGCGCCAAACGAAUCAGUAACUGGAACGAGAGAGACGAUCCUAUGCGCGCUCACAGACUGGUAUCACCAAGCUGCCCUUUCCUGUUACGCAAUUCUGAGUUUAAUGAACCAGUCACAGAUGACGGCAACGCAAGCACUAAUUCAGCCCUAACCAGACUCCUCAACUCUCUAGACAACCUAGACGAAGACACUGCAUCCAAUAACUCCGACCAGACACCCUCUGAUGAACAUGUAGAAAGACAAAUCUCUCCGUCAUCUAAUACGGAAAAUAUUGAGCCAAGUGACCAUGCCACCCAGUCUGGGGCAUGUGGUACAGCCACUGACAUUCUAUCAUUUAACAACACGGCUAAAUUAUCAUCCAACAACAUAGGCAAAUCGUCCGAGGACUGCUACAUGAGUCUUCCUGCACAGCCAUACAAGAGAUCAAUACCCGCAGGAAACUUUGUCUUGGACAAUGGACCUGCGACGUCCGUACUGGAGGCCGCCAGUAAUUGCACCCCAAAUUCCAAUCAUACACAUUGUCAAACUGAUGAAAACCGAAAAUGCCCGAGUCCUGAAAAGAAUCUUCGCGCCGAACUUCUCAAAGAAAAUCGCGCACUGAAAGCGCAAUCCCUGUGCAUGAAAUGCCACAGGAACGAGGUAUGCAUCGCGUUCCUGCCGUGCGGUCACCUGGUUUCUUGUGAAGCGUGCAGCACAGAACCCAGUGCCCGGAAGUGCUUCUCAUGCGACGCAGUCGUGAAGGCCAGAAUCAAGGCGUUCAUUGUGUGACAGUGUUGCUUGAAUUAUAAUUUGACCCGACAUGGUGUCAGUUCUAUAUUUUGAAGGUUUUUACAGUCUGUGAUGUAUGUGGUGCAAAAAAAGUAUAAUGUGCACAGUCGACAGUUGUGUUUUCAAAUAUGCCUUUGUUUCGUAAAUGUAACAUGUUACUGCGUUUAGAUACAUUGUGAGACAAUUAAUGCACGUCACAUAAUGCGGGUGUUCAAUGUUAACAAAACAUGUUAAGGAACAGCAGUCUGGCCCACUGAAGUGGUACAGCUUGUAUUUUUGUCACUGUCGACCUGUCAAUUUUGGUUAUUUCAAUCAUCAUUUUGAAUACUUUGUAAUGGAAUAACAUAUAUUUAUGUAAACAUGUAUCGCUGUUAUAUUUUGUUAUUUUAAUAUGGUACGGUCAGAUCGCCAACAACGGAACACAAACUACUUUUUGUCAUAUUUUUUAAUAAAAAAACGUCUUUGAUUUUAACUCGAAUUGCGUGAAACUGUUUUUCAUACCUUUCUAACGUAUUCAAAAUUUAUUAAUUUAGCGCUGCUAUCUCAUUGUCGCAUACAACGCUUGUAAGACUCUUGCAAAUUGUGGUUUACCAUCGACUGUUUGAAUCUGUCGCACAAGCGUUACGGGAUACAGAGCAUUGUCGAAAAACAUUGACAUAAGAAUGCUUUAAAGUAAGAACGCGGAUAGAACCAUACUGAUCAUGAAAAAAAUACAAAAGUGCAUUUUUGUCUCUUUGGAUUUGUUUUGUCGGUAUAUUUGGCUGCAGGCAUCAUGACACACAGCAGUAUUAUGUCCUACACUCAUUACCUUGUCCAUGUACGUUUAAAUACAAACAUAGCAUUCAUCAACCGCCGACUAGCUGUAUGUGAUGUUUUGUUUCUACAGAGUUUGCUGAUAGCUUUUGGAUUCUGUGGUAUGCAAACUUUAUUAUUAAUGCCGCAUUCUUACACAUGUAUUUGUGUUUUUGAAAAUAAAAUAUGAACAUUA